UAACAUUUUCACUCCGUUCUUGGUUUUUAUAAAUAAAAAUUCCAGUUUUCAGUAUGGCGAAGGACCACCGAUGUCCACAAUGUCUUCUCGAAUUUCCGUUUGCUUCGAAACUUCAGCGACAUUUGGAGACACAUCUCAUCACUGGAGGUGAUUGGCUCUGCGGAUUAUGUGAUACGCUUUUCAAUCGAUCGUCUUCUCUAACAAAUCAUUGGAGAAAUUCGUGUGCAAAAGUCAAAAUGGCUUUCUGUGAUGAUGAGCUCAAGGAAAUGUUGGUGUACGAUCUUCGGGAAGCAGUUUUUCGAAUGACACUCGAUCACUAUUCAGCUUCUGAAAAGAGCCCUGAAGAGCCUGGAACAAGCAGCAGCUACAAAACUGCUUCAGACGAUAAAACUUCCAUAUGCAUCUAUUGCAAUUUGCUCAUGCCACGUGGAACUCUACAUCAUCAUUAUAGUGUACAUACAGGCCGUUGCUGCCCUGCAGAGAUCACACAAAACUCCGUAGUUCCCUAUGUUUGCGAUCUAUGCGGAUUCGGAUUUCGCUAUAAAAAAUCACUUUACAAUCAUUGGCGACAUAAAUGUACUGAAGUAUUAGCACAUUUUCCUGACGGCGGGAAUAUUGAAAAUCAAGAAUUAAAUGUGAUGGUUGAGGAUUUGGUUAAACGAGCGGAAGUUAUUAAUCCAAUUGAAUUGCCUAGCAAGAGAGAUGGGGAAGAUAUUGAAAAAGAAGAUUCUGGGGAUAUUGAUGAUGACGAAGAGACCUCACCGUAUUUCACCGCACCAAUCACCGCGCUCUCCUUUGAUCUACAGGAUUGGAAUGUUGAAAAUGUCUCAAGUACCGAAGAAUGCCCGAAAUGUAAUCGAUAUUUUCACUCAUUGGGUCGCCUGGAUCAACACACCCACGCUUUUCAUGGAACCGCCCGUCCUGGAUUCGUGUGUAAGCUGUGUCGGAUGAAAUUCGCUGAAAAUCGAAUUCUGCUGGCACAUUUGAGAAGCGGAUGUAAACCAAUGCGAGUCGAGGUACCUGAUGAGAAAAAACGGAAGAAAAUGAGCGCUGAGGAAUUAAUGAAGGUUGUGGAAAAUGAGAAGAGCACCUGGAUCGAACUCUUUGAGAAUAAAAAAGCGGCAAAUUUGAAAUUCAUAAAAGAAUUUCUCGAUCAAAUUGAUAGAAGAAAACCACAUGGUUAUGCAUCAUCACAAAUUGUUCUUAAUAGACCCGUUCCGGCUCAUAGUAUUGAAAUUGACACGAAAAUGAAUAGUUGUCGGUUAUGUAAAAUAACAUUCAAAUCGUCUCGAUUCCUCUAUCAACACGAACAAACUGUCCAUCAAAGGGAGCCCCCCGUUCAUCGUAAUCAACUGACAAUCACUGCCACCUCACUUCUCCCAUAUUUCAAAUUCCAAGAGGCAAAAUUCUACGAUUCAAGUGGACAAGAAUAUCGAAUGGGCAAAUAUUUGGAGAAGAAUAAUGGAAUAAAUGUAUCGAGAAAUGUGAAGAAACAGAAGAACAAUAUUGUGACACUUCACGGAAAUCUGAAACAGCAUGUUCUACUCACAGAUAUGGAAUAUUCAAUGUUGCGGAACCCUGAUGGAAGCCUGAAAACCUUUUUUAGUGAGAAUCCGAAAAAAUUUGGUGAUCCGCCGGUUCUGGAAAGAGAAGAAUAAUAAUCUAACAUAUUCUGUCAUAAUUACUAAAUAAAAUUUUUUUUCUAAAUUCUUGAACUAAAAUAUUUUUAU